AUGUCGCGUGAUUUUAUCGGUAGCAAAAUCGCGAUUAUUACGAAAUCUCAAAUUCGAUAUGUUGGAACAAUUAUUGGAAUCGAUGCACAAACAUCAUCCAUACUUCUCGGCAAUGUAAAAUGUUUUGGCACAGAAAAUCGUGCAGGACCUUUAACAAAUGCUAAUGUGACUAAUACAAUAUUACCGAUAAUGCAAUUUGCUAAUAGUGAUAUUGAAGAUUUGAAAAUUGUUGAUGAGGAACAAACACCAGAAAGUCCACAACAAAAACCAUCUUUGGUAGCUGCUACAUCGUCAACGCUAGUACCUACAGCUUCUCAACAAUCAUCAAUUCAUGAUGAUCCUGCAAUUUUAUCAGCUGUUGUUAGUUCAACAUAUAAGGAUAAUGCAUCGAACUCAUCCAUAUCUAGUCGAUUAACGCAAAAUCUUCAACAAAUGACUUUAUCUGAUGAAAAACAAAAAUUACAAGCGAAAAAUGAAGAAUCUCGUAUGCGUGCGGAUUCCGGUGAAUUAGGUCCAUCUUGGUCUUUACUUUCUCAAUCGACUUGGGAAAAUAACAAUAGCAAACCAAAGCCAACAUCUCAACAACCUUCAGAGAAUAAAAGCAAAUUCUUCGAUAGUUUUAUAUCAGAUAAUAAUAAUAAUAAUAAUAAUACAAAUACAAACACGAACCGAUUUCAACCUAAUCGUCCUCAUCAACGUAUAUCAAAUACUCAUUCAACUCAAACAUUUCGUGAAAAUGGCGGUCGUUAUAAUGGACAACAGGAUGAUAAUGAAUUACCUGUACGACAACCAUUUUUUGCCGAUGAUAGUCCAUAUCCUCAAAGACAACAACAACAGUCAAACCGUUAUCAAAAUGAUAGCAUACAACCAAACCGUUAUCAAAAUGAUAGCAUACAACCAAACCGUUAUCAAAAUGAUAGCAUACAACCAAGCCGCUUUCAAAAUGAUAGCAUACAAUCAAAUCGCUAUCAGAAUGAUAGCAUACAAUCAAAUCGCUAUCAGAAUGAUAACAUGCAAAAUAAACAAAGGUAUUUUCAUAAUAAUUAUCGUUUACAAAAACCACAUCAACAACGAUAUCCAGGUAGUCAUGGUGGUGGAAAUCGUGAAACAUUUCAAGGUAAUCCCGAUGAUUAUGAUGAUGAAUUUGAUUUUGAAACAAGUAAUCAGAAAUUUAAUAAGUUAACAAGUGACGAUGAAUUGAAACCUCAAAAUGACUUCACAAGAAAUCAUCCUGCACAAUUACAAAUCGAUAACGAUUUAAUGAGUGUACAUCCAACUGUGUAUGAUAAAAAGAAAUCGUUUUUUGAUAAUCUUGCACCGACCGAACAGUCAGAUGCAUCAGCAUUACACGGAUAUAAUCGUUCAAGAAACAAGGAUACAUUUAAUCAUGAUGGUUAUCAACAUCAUAACAAUCGAUUUAACGGUAAUGGUAAUGGUUAUCGACGAUCUAAUAAUAAUCAUCGACAAAAUCAAUAUGGGAAUGAGGAUUUUAGUUACAAACAACACAGCAGCAACAAAAAUGGAUAUAAUUAUCAGUAUUAA